CCGGGCAGCCCAUUAAUGGACAGUGAGGUGCUGAGAGAUGGACGGAUUUUAGACCUAAUUGAUGAUGCUUGGAGAGAGGAUAAACUGCCGUAUGAGGAUGUGACCAUCCCUCUGAAUGAACUUCCGGAGCCAGAGCAGGAUAAUGGCGGAGCAACGGAGUCCGUUAAAGAACAGGAAAUGAAAUGGGCUGACCUGGCACUGCAGUAUUUACAUGAAAAUAUUCCUUCAUCGGGCAGCUAAAAGCAGUGAACACUGCAUAUUUGUGUAUUAACAAGCUAAAAUGUCUAGUAAUGUUUUUUUUGUACUGAACUAUGUUUCCUUGAGGUAAUAAAGCCACUAAAGCAUGCCAUAUUGUGGAUGUAGAUUGACUCCACAGAAACUUGGGAUACAGUCUGAACCCAGCUUUCGCUUUGCAUUGGUGCACACCAAGAUUAAUCCCGGGCAGAGUUAGCGAGUGAGUGGGCGCUUACCCCUACUAUGACACCCAACUAUAGAAACCAAGACAUGGCCUGACCACACCCCCAUUACAGGGCUAAUAAUCCCUCGGGUUUCUGCUUCAAAAGUGAAAUGGGGUCUUAAAUUUAUCUUUACUGGUGGAUACAUUUUUUUUUUAAAUAUCUUCACACCCAAAUAAAUAUAUAUCAAAGAAAUAAUUCAAUGUACAGGUAUGGGAUCCCUUAUCUGGAAACCCGUUAUCCAGAAAGCUUAGAAUUACAGGAAGCUAUCUUCCAUACAACCAAUUUUGAGCAAUUCUAAUUUUAGGAAAUUAAUUCCUUUUUCUUUGUAAUAAUAAAAACUUGUACUUAAUGGGAAACAAGCUGCAUGAAUCCAUAUUGGGUUUAUUUACAUAUGAAUGAUUUUUAGCAGACUUAAGGUCUGGUGAUCCAAUUACAGAAAAGAUCCCUUAUCUGAAAAACCCAGGUCCCGAGCAUUCUGGAUAUAGAUCCCCCACCUGUACAGGUGGGUUAUGUUAGUAAGCAAAUCCAACACUAGGCUUUGAGGAAGGAGAACUGCAUUGCUCCAAAAAGUCAACUGUUUUUCCUAUAUACGUUUCAUAUGUCGAUUCCCCUCAAACAUUUUUGCUUACAUAUUUACUUUACAAGUCUCUCAGUUUCUUUUUUUUUUUUUUUUUUUUUUUUUUUUUUUUGUAUUAAAUCCGUUUAUUUUCAAAAAGAUAGUAAAGCUUCAUACAUUCAUAGCCUUUUA